CUGGAAUACUGAGCAUAUGCGCUUGUUUUAUGUAUGUAAAAUGCAGAGGCGGGCGGGGUUAAGGUCACCUCACAGAUAAUAACCGCUCACGUCGGAUUUUUAGCCUUAUGAAACGACUGAAGACACAAAUCGAGGUCACUCUUUGUGAGUACUUCCUUUUAGCUGUCAACACCGAGUGUUGAGGGGUGGUAUGGCUGAGAUUUAGAGGCAGAUGUGAACCAAGUGAAAGCCCAGCCAUCAAUCCCCAGCACAUCCAUGUGUAUAAUUUUCUUCAAGUUUGACCCCCGGCCUGCAUCCAAAAAUGCCUACAGGCUGAUUUUGGCUGCAAACAGAGAUGAGUUCUACAACAGGCCAUCCAAAGCUGCAGACUUCUGGGGGGCCAGCAGUGAGAUCCUCAGUGGCCUGGACCUGGAGUUAGGGAAGGAAGGGGGGUCAUGGCUGGGGAUCAGCAAGAGAGGCAAGCUGGCUGCCAUCACCAACUACAUGGAGGGACGUCCUAACCCUGAUGCACAAGGACGAGGAUUUCUAGUGUCUCACUAUUUAAUGGACAAGGAUCAGGACAGCUACUCCUACCUGAAGAAGGUGUCGUCAGAAGGCCACCUGUACAAUGGGUUUAACCUCAUCACAGCUGAGUUCAAAGCUAAACAAGACAUUGUGUGUUACUAUGGAAACAGAGGCAGCCCUGAACCCAUCCAUCUAAAUCCAGCAGGAAUCUACGGCUUGAGCAACUCGCUGCUGGAUACUCCAUGGAAGAAACUGCUGAAAGGCAAGCAACACUUCACCAGCGUCGUCAGCGACCAGACGCUCUCUUGUGAUGGGCUGGUGCAAGAGCUGCUCAGUGUCCUUAAUAAUGAGGAGCUGAACACACCUGAUCCAAUUCAGGAGACUCAGGGUGAUGGUUAUAGCAAGUCCAUGAUCCAGGCUCUGUCAGCCGUGUGUGUUCGCUCCCCUCAUUAUGGAACAAGAACCAAUACAAUUAUCCUGAUAGAUGCAGAAGGGAAUGUGAUCUUCACAGAGCGCACCAUGCUUGACUGUGACACAACCAAAUGGAGCACCAGUUCUUUCCAGUUCAAACUGCAGGAGUGAAGACACAAUGGAGGAGACCUACUCUGUGCCUUUCUGCAUCAUCUCUCCUUCCGUUACCUUUUCCGCACCAUCUCCUUCAGCUGAACCUCAUGUGACCGCAAAGACUCAUCAGCACUUUUUUUAUUCAGCUAGUCACUAGCUGCCUCAUUAACAUCAGUUUCAUAUAUUUCUUACUUUUGAUUUAAUUUAAAGAUGUAUGCUAAUUAAAAAAAAAACAAAAAAAACAAACAAAGAUGCCAAAGGACAUUUAGAGUUUUGUAGAGGAAAAUAUUUUACCUACAUGUCAUGAACCUUCUCAAAAAUUACAGAUUGCUUGUAAUUUGGUAAAUAUAAGAUUGGUGUGAUGCCAUUUUCUGUCAUGAACGCUAGACAUUGUGGCCCUUUCACACACAUGGCAGAAGACAGGAGAUGAUCUGUGUUAGGCACAUUACAUGCAGUGCAUUACGACUGGUUCUGACAUUAGUAGUUUUAAAUACAGCUUGUCUGGGUGAAGUGUCGAAAAGCUCAUCUGCGGUGCAUGAAUACAUGCUUUUUGGUGUCCGAUGUAACCUUCCAUCCAUGAUUUACAUUUUAUGCACUAUUUUCAGGCUGCAGGCUAAAAUGGCAUCCUAUGACAAGUCAUAGGGUCACAUAUAUUUUUCUAGAAGAUUUAAGUUCACACGAGUCAUCACCAGGAUUACUGGCUACUUUGUAAGUUUCUGAUUACCCUGUCAUUGGUGUUUAGGUAAUUAUGCAUCACAACAUCAUGUUUCAAUGCACUGUUGAAUGCACUGGAUCUUGAAAAAAACAGCCUGAAAAUAAAUAACAGUUUAUUCAAACACCUCCCUUUUCGAUUGUUGCAUUAUGAUUACAGAUACAAAAUAACUGCCAGGAACCAUGUGCUCGCACACAUACCAGCCUUUCUGAUUUCACUCUAUAUCAGUAUAGGCCUAGGAAGCUGUCUCCGCUGCUUUCUGUAUGACUCCAGGAUUUACCCACAUGCAGGUAAUGUAUGAGUAAUGUAUUUAUUAAUGUGAAGAAAGCUUUUUGUAACCAGA